AUAGAGUGUCUGAUUUCAACCCAUGGUUUGACCCAAUGGAAAGCAUCUAUUUCCCCCUUCUUCUACUCAAACAAUGGUUUGAGACCCAAAAUCAUAUGUUCAAACACAACCAGUUUACCAAACCAUUAUUUUAAGUAACUUGUGAUUUGUAGAUUGUUAGAUGUUAAGAUGUGUGUUUCUGUUAUUUGGGCUUAGUCUAUUCUGUAUUAAGGGCAUUGGCCCAUAUCUUACAAUAUAAAUAAACUACCCUAUGUGUAGGCUAAACACACAAGAGAUAUUCUCUCCCAAUCUUCUCUAUUCUCUCCCAAAUCUGUGGGUGAUGCCUUAACUCAUCCUGGUUGGCGUCAAGCUAUGAUAGAUGAAUUAAGUGCUUUACAGGAAAGUGGAACUUGGGAGCUUGUCCAAUUACCAUCUGGAAAGUCUGUUGUUGGUUGCAGGUGAGUGUAUGCUAUCAAGGUUGGUCCUGAUGGCACAAUUGAUCGUCUGAAAGCUCGACUGGUUGCCAAAGGCUAUACACAGAUUUUUGGUUUGGAUUAUGGUGAUACUUUUUCUCCAGUGUCAAAAAUGACCUCUGUUCGCCUUUUCAUUGCCAUGACCGCUCUUCGACAAUGGCCUCUUUACUAACUUGAUGUCAAAAAUGCUUUCCUCAAUGGUGAUUUGCAGGAAGAAAUUUAUAUGGAACAACCGCCUGGCUUUGUUGCUCAGGGGGAGUCAUCUGGAUUGGUAUGUCGUCUUCGCAAAUCCUUAUAUGGCCUAAAACAGUCUCCUCGGGCCUGGUUUGGUAAAUUCAGUUGUGUUGUUCAACAAUUUGGUAUGUCUCGCAGUGAAGCGGAUCAUUCAGUGUUCUAUCGCCACUCGAGUGCUGGAUGUAUCUACUUAAUAGUGUAUGUCGAUGAUAUUGUUCUCACAGGAAGCGACUAUCUUGGCAUCUCUCAGAUGAAACAACACCUUUGUCAUCAUUUUCAAACCAAAGAACUUGGCAAACUCCGGUACUUUUUGGGUAUUGAAGUAGCACAAUCCAAUGAUGGUAUUGUCAUAUCUCAGAGGAAGUAUGCGUUAGACAUCUUGGAGGAAACAGGGUUAAUGAACUGUAAAUCUGUUGAGACACCUAUGGACCCUAACAUCAAACUCCUACCAAAUCAGGGGGAGCCUUUCUCAGAUCCUGAACGGUACAGAAGACUAGUUGGUAAAUUAAACUAUCUUACUGUUACACGUCCUGACAUUUCCUUCGCAGUUAGUGUGGUGAGUCAAUUUCUAAACUCCCCAUGUGAAGACCAUUGGGAUGCAGUUGUUCGUAUACUGAAGUAUAUUAAAAGAUCACCUGGAAAAGGUUUGCUAUAUGGCCCUAACAACGAUACAAAAAUCGUUUGCUAUUCAGAUGCUGAUUGGGCUGGUUUCCCUUCUGAUAGGAGGUCUACUUCUGGAUAUUGUGUCUCUAUUGGUAGCAACUUGAUAUCUUGGAAAAGUAAGAAGCAAAGUGUUGUGGCAAGGUCGAGUGCAGAAGCAGAAUAUAGAGCUAUGGCAUCAGCUACUUGCGAGCUUGUGUGGCUUAAACAAUUGCUUAGUGAAUUGAAAUUUGGAGAUGUCACUCACAUGAUACUUAUAUGUGAUAAUCAAGCUGCUCUCCAUAUUAGCUCUAACCCUGUCUUCCAUGAGAGAACCAAACACAUAGAAGUUGAUUGUCAUUUUAUUCGAGAAAAAAUCAUAUCCGGAGAUAUCAAGACUGAGUUUGUUAACUCAAGCAACCAGUUGGCAGAAUAUUCACUAAGUCCUUACGAGGACCUAGAAUUGAUUAUCUUUGUGACAAGCUUGGAACAUAUGAUUUAUAUGCUCCAGCUUGAGGGGGAGUGUUAGAUGUUAAGAUGUGUGUUUCUGUUAUUUGGGCUUAGUCUAUUCUGUAUUAAGGGCAUUGGCCCAUAUCUUACAAUAUAAAUAAACUACCCUAUGUGUAGGCUAAACACACAAGGGAUAUUCUCUCCCAAUCUUCUCUAUUUCUCACAUAGAUCAAAGUCAAUUUAAACACCGGAACUAGGAUUUGGGUGUAUGAUCUAUGUCCCAAGUCAAUUUAAACACCUGUAUUUAUGAACUUUAGCAAACCAUUAAGGAUUUUUUUCCUCUAGCUUUUUCAGGAAAAUAAUGUCUUCCAACACCACAUCAACCUCCAAAAUAGAUUCCCCCCCUUUUCCAAACUAUAUUGUUAGUAUUGAGAAGAAGGACGGCUAACUAUUCCACUUCCACCACUGAGUCAUUUGUUGCUCUUGUAUACCCGACUGAUCCAUCUCCAACAACAUUUUAAGACUUUAUCAAAUGGUAUGUGACACACCAAUUAAGUAGUAACGUUACUUUAGUGACACACUGGUAAUUCUUCUGCUCGUCUCUCUGAAUCACCUUCUCUUGAUCCCUGAGUUAUUGGGUCUUGUGCAAUCGAUCACAUAUCUAUAAUCGUUCUUUUGUUUCUUCUUUUACUAAAGCUGUCAAUUUUCUUUUUAUAACUGUGAUCAAUGGUUUAAAAAAACAAGCUUGGAACAUUGGUACUACCCAACCCCUCUCAUCCCUUACUUUUAUUGACUUUGUUCUUUAUGGCCUUAAUCGCCCUUUUAGUCACAAACAGACAUCAUUGAAACUACAUAUACACUUCCUCUUCUGUUACGUACUUGAGUACGAAACCUAACCAGAACAACCUCUCACAACACGAAACAAAACAAUGAACGAAUGAUAAUAAACGAAUGAAUUUCUUUUAUUGAUGGUAAUAUCUGAAUAAACAAAAGUAAACAAGGGUAAUUGGGAGCAUAACCUCCUUCAAUUACUUGGAAGCAUAACCUCCCUCAUAGGAGCAUAGUCGCCUGUCAUAAGACUCAAUAAUCAAUAAUCAAAAGCAUGCCCUAAACAAUAGCAUCUAGCUUUAUUUAUAUUAAAUAUUUCCCUAGAAUAUAAUUCUAUUUACUAUAAUUAACUUAUACUGAAUAUUUUCCUAGGAUAUAAUUCUAUUUACUAUAAUUAACUUAUACUGAAUAUUUCCCUAGGAUAUAGCUCUAUUUACUAUAAUUAACUUAUACUGAAUAUUUCCCUAGGAUGUGGCCUUAUUUACUAUAAUUAUUUCCCGCCCAUCCUAAAUGUUGUCCCAGUUAGGAUAGUCACUCUUCAACCGAUCGGCUCUAACUCUUCACCGCCUUCCGUUCGGCUUGCUUCCCCCUGUCUCCUACCGUUUGGCUCCAACUCUUUACCACCUUCCACCGGUCGGCUUGCUUCCCCCUACCUCCUACCGUUCGGCUCUAGCUCUUCACCGCCAUCUACCGUUCGGCUUGCUUCCGUUUGCCUCCUACCAUUCGGCUCCCUUGCCUUCUAUCCUAUCACCCAGUAUCCUAUCAUCUUCAGUCAUUUUCCUUGCCAUUUUUGGGGAGAUGUUGUCCUUACAAUAUCUUAUCUCAUUAACCGGAUGCCAACAUUUGUCCUUAUAGAUUGGAUACCCCACUCUAUCCUUUUUCCUCAUUCCCCUCUAUACAUUCUUCUUCCGCAUGCUUUAUACAUAACCUCACACCUAGUUGAGAUAAACUUUCUUCUUAGUCAUUUGAGUGUGUCCUUGUGAGAUAUCAUCACUCUCAAAUUCGGUAUCAAUGUUUCUCUCCUGAUCUUCAUAGGUAUUUUGUGUCUGUAGACCUCUCUUUUCAAGUCAGUCCCAUAUUAUACAAUUUUUCAUUCAAAUGACGACAUAGUGGUAACCUUCCCACCAUCGUCAAUAUUCCUUCAUCAAUACCUCUUAACUGCCAAAGUCUGGGAUGUUUCUCCUACACUUCAGGUAAUUCAACGUUUUUCACAACCUAUUGAUAUUCCAAUACAAAAUCCAUCUUUGACAGAUAAUGAUAUAAUGGAGGCAAUGCUUGAUCCUUCUCUGAAGUCAUCUCCCAUACCGAAUCUGGUCGUUGUAUGCUCUUAAAAUUCGGCUUCAUGGUCACAACAGGCAGGCUUAUCUUUGAAGUAGAUGGAAGCUCAUAUAAUCUCCUCUGGACUGGUUUGGAAAGCAUGACCACCUUUGGAAACCAUCAUCACUGUUGUGGAAGACCAUGACUAAACAUUCCUUAUAACCUCUUUCGAGGUUCUAGAUGCAUUUGCAUUGCCAUCUUCAACAUGGUUGAAAGUGUCAGAGUCAUAUCUGAUACCAUAUAUGAAUAGAGAAAAUACUUUUUAUUCUUCUCAAUAUUCUGAGUCCUAGUACAUAAGGAUACUUAUGCUGAGUUAAAAUACUGAUUCUGCUACGAGUAUGGAAAUAAGCAGAAAAACGAAUCUCCUAUAAUAGAAAUAAAUGAACCUAAUUCUGAAUGCAUAUGAACUUGAUUAAUUCAGAUUUAUUGCUCUAAAACUGAUAAAAUCAAUGUAGAUGUAUUCUUCUACCAGAUUCCCCGCCCUCAUGCUCAUGUGCACAUAUAUAUACAUACAUACACAUGUAUUUACACAGACACAUUUAUAUUGCUGAAGUGGUUUACAAUAGCUGUUUUCCCUCUGAAGAAAUUGAAAGAUUUUUGCAGAAAUUCAUAACAACUUAUUCUCAAGCUGGAUUAAAAUGCUUCAUUUUUAUUUUUCUUAUUUGUUUCUUUCCCACCACUUUCUAUAACAAGAUUCUCUUU